AUGUCAUUCAAUGAAAAGAUGCAUCCCAGAAAUCCAUACAGGGAUAAACCUCCCGAUUUCAGUUUACUCGCAGAUAAAUUCGUUGAAUUUCGAUCCCAUUGCUAUAUUGGAUCAAAUGGAAAGCUGAAAAUGAAUUUCCGUGACACAAAUGCUGUACGGAUUCUAGCUCGAACUUUACUACUCAGUGAUUUUGGAUUAGAUGUUGAUAUACCUCCUGAUUGUCUGGUACCACGUAUACCGCAACGCCUUAAUUAUAUUCUUUUCAUUGAUGACUUGUUAAAAGCGAAUGGAAUUUCCGAAAAUGUUCUUGGCAUCGAUAUUGUAUUCAAAAGUAUUAAAUUUUCUGAUCUUACUAGAAGUUCAGGGACGGGUGCAUCAUGUGUAUAUGCAUUGUUGGGCGCGAAACAGUUUGGUUGGAGAUUCCUGGCAACUGAUGCAGAUCCCUUCGCGAUUGAGAUCGCAAGUCGAAAUGUAGAGAAAAAUGAUAUGAGCGAGAGAAUUGAGGUUGUGCGAGUACCAGCGGACCGUAUGAUUAAGGAUGUUCUUCGUUCUUAUCCAGAAACCGAAUUCACAUUCUGCAUGUGCAAUCCUCCUUUUUAUGAGUAUGAUGAAUUUGAAGAGAAGUUCAAAUACUUAGGAGAUAAUGUGUUGACAAAUGUUGGUGGAUCGAAUUGUGUGCAUCGCCCGGCACCUCAUUCAGCUACUGUUGCUCGGAGUAACGAAUUGGCUGUUACGGGUGGAGAAGUUGCAUUUGUUUCUCGUUUAAUUGAAGAUAGCUUCGUUUUGCAAAACUGCGUUAAGCUGUAUACAUCAAUGGUUGGUAAGAAAUCAAGCCUUGUUGAACUCCGGAAAAAACUAGGACGUUGUUUGAGUGUACGUUCAACAGUGACGACACUAUAUCAAGGGAAAACGCAUCGCUGGGUGCUUGCUUGGACUUUCGAAGCUCGAAUAAAAUUGGAUAAAUUGGCGAAAUGCACACCACCACUAGAGCUUUAUUUGCCACCAGUUUUGAAAGGUAAAGAAAGUUCAUUCGCUUGGAUAAGGGAAGUAUUGGGUUUGCUGGAGGUGUCUUGUGAGAAACAAGAUAGCAGUAGCUUUUUAUGUGAAGCUGUCAGGAACACUUGGUCACAGCAGCGACAGAAACGACGUGCAGAAAGAAUCUCAGGCGUUUGCCCGCCUUUGAGUAAACGAUGCUAUCACGGUCGAACUGAUGUUGGUUGCACAGUUAAUUUGGGUAGCGGUGAUGGCAGAGACAGUUAUAGCAAUGCAGGGAAUUUUACGGAGUGUACAGUAUUUAGUGAUAACAGGAAAAGUGGAGAUACACGUGAUGUAUCUGUGCAAGCAUAUGUGCCAUUGGAUAGUGAAUUGCAACCAUUAAUUCGUUUUCGAUUAGUAAUAUAUCCUUCUGAGCAUUGCUUGAAAUUAUAUUGGUUGGAGGGAUCGCGUCACUGUUUGCAUCAAAUAUGGCAGUUUUUCAGAAAUCAGCUUUCCAAAUUGGAAAAAUCAAUGCAGUCUUCAUCAUCUUAG